UUUCCGUCUGCUAAUUAGGAUCAGUUUCGUCUCGUCUCCCACGCACGUUGCUCGUCUUUGUAGAUUUCAAUUAAGAAUUUUUACGGUGAAAUCAUGAAGCAUAAGUUAACGAACCAACAAGUGAGUCAGAUCCUUCACGUGGGUGUUUAUUUUAAAACAUGUCGAAGAAAAAAAGCAAGCAUGACAGAAGAGUAUAAAAAUAAACUACGUAGUGCAGCUGACACUUUCCUGAGUGACUGGAUUGUAAAUGGGGUUCCAUUUGAAAUGUUGGAGAAGAUAAAGAGCUCAUCACCAAGUUUAAUAACGCUUUUCCGUCUUAAGCAGCGACCGUUACAAAAUAUUGGCAACAAUAUUGGUAUUGAAAAUUCCCAAUCAUCAUUGCUAAAUUGCUCAGCAGCUGCAAGACUAUUGUCAAGUAACGAAGAGGCACAAUAUAGGUUAUCCAACUGUAACAUUGAUUCCAUGCCUAAUAACCAGCCCAAAGCUUUUGGAAAUAAUACAUCAUCCAUUAUCGAAGAGCCUCAACAGUGUGAUCAAGAACAACCGGACACAAAUCAGAAUAAAGAUGCCACAAGCAAUCAUCCUUCCUUAAUAGUUGAUUCUGAAAAAGAUGUGGAAGACGAAGGAGGAGUACCUGUUGCUUUCUUGGGUCCAGAUAACAAUAGCUGGACCGACCAAAAUCUCAGCCUUAAGACAAUACUUCAACAUUAUGCUGUAUACACAGACACGAAACUGAGUCACAUGACCUAUUUACUCGGGCUGUUAAUCUUUCACAAACCUUUACCGGACUAUGACUGUUUGCCGAGUACUGGAGAACAACUGCUGCAUAUAGACGGGAGGGAUUUUGUCGGUUUAUCAUCGGACAUGGAAGCUACUUUGGAUGAAGAAAACAAUGUCCAGGAAGAAACCUCGACGGAUAAUCAGCCCUUAAGACGAAAAAAAAACCCACUGCCGGGCACAGUUGAUUUGCAUGACGGCUACGGAAAUGUCGUGAAGUACAUGCAUUUUGGGCUUGAAUCAGCUCUUAAAGGAGAUUCACCCGGUCUAUAUUUCAAGCACUCCAACCUUCUUCAAUAUGCAUCGAUUUAUGCGACUAAACCGGAACUUUUACCAGAUAGUAUCAGGAAGAAGAUUGAGACUUUUGACAGUGACCUUCAAAUUAGAAAGGCAAAAGAGUCACUACUACGGUCAGCCGAAAAUAUCGUUCCAGAAGUGCUGAAUGAAGUAAACAUACGCGCAAUCCCUCACUUUACAAUCGAUUUCAGCUUGGAUGGUGUACAGCUUUUCCACAAUUCAGAACAGUCUGAAUGUAUACCAAUAAUGGUUGCAGUUCACGCAAUAAACAAAGCCAACUGCGAAAUCACUCGUACGUCAUCUGUUUAAUGAGCUCAGCCGACUAUGCCCUGACAACCGCAAUCCUAAGGAAACAGCUGGUCGUGAAUUUACAGUAUCGCUUAAAUGUGCCGUAGCUGACUGGAUUUUUCG